ACAUAAGUCAUCAUCUUCCAAAAUCGGCGUUUAUCGCAUCAGCUUCAUCAAAAAUAAAACCUUAAACCCUAAUUCAACCGCCGUCGCCUCUGAUAAUCGCCGUGCGUAGGUUUCCGUCGAGAGAGAGAAGAUGAGAGUGAAGAGACAGAAGAAGAACAGGAGAACCGUGAGAUUCUUCACGGUCUGUUUCGGAUUCCGACAGCCCUAUAAAGUCCUUUGCGACGGUACCUUCAUCCACCAUCUUGUCACUAACGAGAUCACUCCCGCCGAUACUGCUAUCUCCGAACUCCUCGGAGGUCCCGUCAAGCUCUUCACCACCAGAUGUGUCGUUGCGGAGUUGCAGAAACUGGGUUAUGAUUUUGCGGAAUCUCUGGAGGCUGCCCAGAUGCUUAGUACAGCGACGUGUGAGCACGAGGAGGCAAAAUCAGCAGACGCGUGUUUGUCGGAUGUAAUUAGGACCAACAAUUCCGAGCAUUUCUUUCUUGGCACUCAGGACUUCGAGUUUAGGAAGAAGCUUCAACAGGAGUCUAUCGUUCCUCUUCUGUUUGGGCUAAGGAAGACUCUGCUGAUCGAUCAACCUUCUGAUUUCCAACGUGAGACAGCCAAAAGCUCUGAGAGAAAGCGGCUAAUGAUGACCGAUGCAGAAAAGAGAAUGCUUGAGAAACAGACUGCAAGAAUCUUAGCUGCUAAAAGAGGAGAAGAAACAAUUGAAGAUGAGCAAUGGGAAGCGCCUCGAGUGGUCAAUACAGGAAAUGGACUCGGUGUGAAGGAUAGACCUCAAUUCAAGCGAAAUAGAGCAAAGGGUCCAAACCCACUUUCAUGCAUGAAGAAAAAGAAAGCGAACAGUGCCGUGAAACCUCAAUCGAAAUCUAAAGCUGAAUCGAAAUCUGGUGCCCAAAAGGAAAAGAUAGAAGGUGAAAGCGUUACAAAAAAGAGGACAAGAAAACGGUCCAAGAAAGGAAAAUCUGGUCCGGAGAGUACCGAGUGAAAACUGUUGUUUCUAAUACGUCUCAGGAAUAUGAUCAUAUACCAAACACUCACCAAGAAUUUGGUGCUGUUUCUUUUUCUUUUUGUAAUUUUUCAUCCGACUCAAUUUAGUUUAAUUAUACGGCCUUUUCUUUAAUCUU